AUGGCACUUCAUCCGGUCACAUUGUGUCUGAUCUGCAUCCUGACCUCCUCGGCUCGGUUGUCAUCACAACCAAUCAAUGUGAAUGGGAACCAGCAACUCGAAUACAGCCGAGGUAACGAAUGUGUCCUGGAACGUCGUGUUCACGAACUGUCGGACAAUCUGAUGAAUGCGCAAUUGCAAAUUCGUGAUUUGGAACGUCAACUGGCUCAGGCUCGACACGAGAGCGAGCACGUGUGUGAUAUGCGUCGUGAGAUGAGCGUGAGGGAGGGCAACCUAUUCAGUCCAACGGAGGUGGCUAUCAAAGAACAUACGCGACGCGUGAUCACCGAAUGUGCCGAGCAACGUGAGCUUUGUGCGCGUUUAGAAACCAGAUUAGCUGAGACCGCCGCUCGUCUGGAAUCGACCGAGACCAUUAAAGCUCAGGCCCGAGACGAGAUUGAACGUGUCGAACGGGACAAUGUGGCUCUGCGCGAUCACGUCAGACGAUUAGAAUGCGAAUUGACUUCGUCCGAGCUCAACCGGGAUGGACAUCGUGCAGAUAAAGAACGCUUCUUCCUCUAUCUGUGCAAACUGGCCUCGAAAGUCAAAAUUGACCAGGGCCUGGCCGUACGCAUGGACAUGACCGAGUUGCAAGAAGCAAUUCAAAUUCGAGUCGGUCAGCUGACAAGUGGUGAGUACACGCUACUCACCGAUGUGCAAGCGAACGCGGAUCGAGUGACUGGGCUAAAUCGGACAAUCAAACGACUGCAGGAUCAGCUGUCCAGUAAGGAGAUCCAGUUGAGCAUGUGGCGUGACAAGGCCGGAAAGCUGGAAGCAGAAGUG